GCGGAAGAGACAGGAAGUAGAUCUGCCCCUAGUUGCGGAGGUCUCUCUUCUGGCUAGCCCCUCUUCACAGCUGGCCGCAGCUGGCCCAGGAGGCCCCUAUUAAGAAGGAGGGGACACUGUUCACAAGUCUGGGCAGCGUCCACAAAAUAUGAGGGGCCACCCCUCUGUGCUGCUGCUAUACCUGGGAUUAACCACCUGCCUGGACUCCUCACCCAGCGGGAAGCACGACCAAGGCCCAGAAGUCUUCCUGGACUCUCCAGAGGCCCAGAGCUUCCUGGGCAGCCAUAGCCGGAUUCCGCGAGCCAAUCACUGGGACCUGGAGCUGCUCACCCCUGGGAACCUGGAACGGGAGUGUUGGGAGGAGAGGUGUUCCUGGGAAGAGGCACGGGAAUAUUUUGAGGAUAAUACUCUGACGGAGCGCUUUUGGGAGAAUUACAUCUACAACGGCAAAGGAGGGCGUGGACGGGUUGAUGUCGCAGGCCUGGCUGUGGGGCUGACAUCCGGCAUCCUGCUCAUCGUCCUGGCCGGCCUGGGGGCCUUUUGGUAUUUGCACUGCCGUCUUCGGGGCCGAGGCCAGCAGCCCAGUCCUCAAGAGGCCGAGCUCAUCAGCCCCCUGAGUCCCCUAGGCUCUCUGAGCCCGCCGACUCCCCUGCCUCCCCCUACCCCGGGGCUCCCCACCUACGAACAGGCGCUGGCGGCUUCUGGGGUGCACGACGCACCUCCGCCCCCCUACACCAGCCCCGCCCCCGGGGUAGGCGAGCGUGGAAACUCGGACCCAGCCCCACAGGCCAGGAGUGCGGGCGCCCGCGUGAGAACGUGUGACACGGCCAUCGCCGUCGCCGCCUUGUGCAAAGAUGGCUGCACCGUGAGCGCAGAGGAGGAGGAGGCGGCGGCGGCGGCGGCGAGAGAGCGAGCACCCAGCGCCCGCACCCACCCCGGGGCCGCCCGGGACGCCCCCUCCUGA